UUAUUUUUGGUGAAACCUGCUGCGGGUGGGAAUUGAAACUUGACAUAAAACUGAACUGGUUUUAGUUCUUUGACUUUUGGUCCUAGAACGAGUGCAGUUACGUGGACGUAACUAACCAUAUGUUUUGAAAGUGCACAUUGUUAACACUCAAAGUUCCGAAGAAAAAUCGUCAUCAUGGAUACUUCAAUGACCGCAAAAGAUGUCAGAAAUGCCUACAUCAAUUUCUUCAAAGAAAAACAACACGAUUACAUUCAUUCAUCUUCUACAAUUCCUUUGGAUGAUCCUACUUUGCUCUUCACAAAUGCUGGUAUGAAUCAGUACAAGCCCAUCUUUCUUGGUACAGUUGAUCCAAACAGUGACUUGGCUAAAUUGACGAGGGCUGUUAAUUCCCAAAAAUGUAUCAGAGCUGGUGGUAAGCACAAUGAUUUAGACGAUGUUGGUAAAGAUGUCUAUCAUCAUACCUUCUUCGAGAUGAUGGGUAACUGGUCUUUCGGAGAUUAUUUCAAAAAGGAAAUUUGUGCAUGGGCUUGGGAGCUUUUGACUGAUAAGCUUAAACUUCCUGGCGAAAGACUUUAUGUUACUUAUUUUGGAGGAGAUCAGAAAUCUGGUUUAGAGCCGGACAAUGAAUGUAAACAGAUAUGGUUGGAUCUUGGAGUGCCCCCUAGUCAUGUCAUACCAGGCAGCAUGAAAGACAACUUCUGGGAAAUGGGUGAAACAGGCCCUUGUGGACCUUGCUCCGAACUUCAUUUCGAUAGAAUUGGAGGUAGAGAUGUACCUGAGUUGGUGAAUCAAGACGACCCAGAUGUACUUGAAAUCUGGAAUCUUGUGUUCAUCCAAUUCAAUCGUGAGACUGACGGUAGCUUGAAACCGCUUCCAAAAAAACACAUUGAUUGCGGAUUAGGUCUUGAAAGAUUGGUGUCAGUUAUUCAAAAUAAACGAUCAAAUUAUGACACAGAUCUUUUUGUGCCGAUUUUUGAAGCUAUUCAGAAAGGAACUGGAGCCCCUGCUUAUCGAGGCAGAAUUGGUAACGACGAUGUUGAUGGAGUUGAUAUGGCAUACAGAGUGUUGGCUGAUCAUGCACGCACCCUAACUAUAGCGUUAUCUGAUGGUGGCUACCCUGAUAAUACCGGGAGAGGAUAUGUCUUGAGGAGGAUAUUGAGGAGAGCAGUCAGGUAUGCAACAGAAAAAUUGAAUGCCAAGCCUGGUUUCUUCUCUACUUUAGUACACACAGUUGUUGAAAUACUUGGGGACAACUUCCCAGAAUUGAAAAAGGACCCUCAAAGUGUUAUCGAUGUCAUCAAUGAAGAGGAGGAGCAAUUUUUGAAGACUCUAUCCAGAGGAAGAAGCCUGUUACAUCGUACCAUACAGAAAUUGGGUGAUUCAAAUACUUUACCUGGAGAUGUAGCUUGGCGGUUAUAUGACACUUAUGGAUUCCCUGUGGAUUUAACUCAGCUGAUGGCUGAAGAAAAAGGGCUUGCUGUAGAUAUGAAUUCUUAUGAAGAAUCCAAGAAGCAGGCACAACUUAUAUCUCAGGGCAAAGGUGCUGGAGUAGAAGACACAAUCAACCUAGAUGUCCAUUCCAUAACUGAACUUCAAAACAAAGGUGUUCCCCCAACGGACGAUGCUGCUAAAUAUGAAUACGAAGCCGAUAAGUCUUUGUCUUCGGAAUACAAGUUUUCCUCUUGUGAAGGAACUGUAAUAGCUCUUCGUUUCGACAAACAGUUUGUCAAUGAAGUAACUACGGGGCAGGAGUGUGGUGUGAUUUUGGACAAGACAAACUUCUACGCUGAACAAGGAGGUCAAAUCUAUGAUACUGGUUAUAUGGUUAAAGUCGGGGAUGAUAGUGUGGAAUUUUCUGUUAAAAAUGUCCAAAUCAAGGGUGGUUACAUUGUUCAUAUUGGAACCAUUGAAGGAACUCUGAAGAAAGGCGAUAAAGUAAUUCUUCAUAUCGACUCAUCUCGUAGAAGGCUAGUUAUGAACAACCACACAGGAACACAUGUAUUAAACUUCGCCUUAAGAAAAGUCUUGGGAACCGAGGCUGACCAAAGAGGCUCCCUUGUAGCCCCCGACAGGCUUAGGUUCGAUUUCACCAACAAAGGUGCAAUGACAACAGAACAAGUGAAGAGCGCAGAAUUGCAAUCGAAAGAACUGAUCGAUAAGAAUGAAGAGGUAUAUGCUAAAGACACCGACCUAACACUUGCGAAAACCAUCAGAGGUCUUCGAGCUGUUUUCGAAGAAACAUACCCUGAUCCGGUCAGAGUUGUGUCCAUCGGAAUUCCUGUAGAAACCCUUGAAAAGAAUCCAUCAUCUCCAGCAGGCGAGAACACAUCGAUAGAAUUCUGUGGUGGAACUCAUUUGAAGUAUGCUGGUCACAUUGGUGAUUUCGUAAUUGCAAGUGAAGAAGCUAUAGCUAAAGGAAUAAGGAGGAUAAUUGCUCUUACUGGUCCAGAAGCUUCAAAAGCACUCAAAAAGAACGAAUUUUUAGAAAAUAGGUUGAACGAAAUCAAAACAUCAAUUGCGGAAGAUAAAGAUGGAAACAAAUCGAAGGAACAUGUUAAACAAAUAGUUGAAUUAACUGAGGAAGUUUCUCAAGCUACAAUACCUUAUUGGAAAAAAGAUGAGAUAAGAAACACCUUGAAAAACCUAAAGAAGAAUCUUGAUGAUAAAGAGCGAGCAGCUAAAGCCGCAGUUGCAAAUAAAGUUGUCGAUGAAGUUAAAGAGUUCCUCAAUGAAAAUAAGAAUGUUACUAUUAUUGUUAAAGAACUCAAAGCUUUCAAUAACACGAAAGCUCUUGACAGUGCUUUGAAACAAGUCAGGAGUUUGAGCCCUAACACAUCUGCUUUAUUUGUGACUGUUGAUGAAGAUUCUAAGAAGAUGUUCUGUUUGUCUUCUGUACCAAAAGAUGCCAUCGCUAAAGGUCUGAAGGCCAAUGAAUGGGUUCAGUCUGUAGCUACCAAGUUAGGAGGAAAGGGAGGUGGUAAACCUGAUUCUGCACAAGCUUCUGGAAGUAAUUGUGUGGCAGUCAGUGAAAUUUUAGAAUUAGCUAAGUCUUUCGCUGAGGCAAAACUUUCAUAAUUGAGAUAAAAAAAAAUUUUACGUUGUCUGAAAGCCCAGUGUCUUAAUGAUUUAUAAUUUAUUGUUCUAGAGUCAUGAAAAAAUGAAACAUGAUUUUUAACUGGUGCAUUUUUAUGUUUCCAAACUUCCUAUAUUAUGGAAUGCAUUUUACUUCUGUCAUUUUAGAAAAUUGUUAAUAUUUAAAUACAAUUUUUUACAAUCAAA